AUGCAGGUUGACACUCCUUGUACAUUUUCCACCUACAAUGCCUUCCCCACAUUUGACACAGCCAUUGCAGGGGCUGUGUGCCCUGGUCACCGGAGCCUCGGCGGCAUCGGCGGGGCCACUGCUAUAGCUCUAGCGCGCCGCGGUGCCCGGGUAAUUAUCGCCGAAGAACUCGCAGAGCCGGCAUAUAACGAGGACGCCCAUCCGAUUAGAUGCGACCUGCGUGAUUCUGACAGCGCCAAAAGCCUGGUAAAGUCUGCGCUGAAGCAGACAAACGGCAAGAUUGACAUCCUGGUGAACGCAGCAGGCAUCUCGCUCGAUGGCCUGGCAGUCCGGCAAAACGAGCAGCACCUGUUGGACAUGAUGCAGGAGGUUGCAGGCAAGAUGAUGCGGCAGAACAAGGGCUCAAUCGUCAAUAUCUCGAGCGUCAUUGGCAUGCACGGCAAUGUGGGGCAGUCGGGAUACGCAGCAUCAAAGGCAGGCCUAAUCGGGUACACAAAAUCGCUGGCCAAGGAGCUCGGCCCGAAGGGGAUAUGCGUCAAUGCAGUUGCGCCUGGCUUUAUCAAGACAGAGAUGACACAAAAGAUCGUGGACCAGCCGGUGACCAAGGAGCUGCUGGAACGGAUCCCGCUCGGACGUAUCGGCGAUCCGCAUGAGGUCGCUGAGGCGGCAGCAUACUUGGCUGCGGCAAAGUACGUGACAGGGCAGGUUCUUGUCAUCGAUGGAGGACUAUUUAUUUGA